AUGUCUCGUUUAGAAGCUAAGAAGCCAUCAUUGUGUGAAAGUGAACCACUGACGAGCGAGAGAGUCAGGGCCGCACUUUCUGUCUUGAAAGGCAUCGUGACAUCAUGCUACGGCCCCUCCGGGAGGCUGAAGCAGCUGCACAAUGGCCUUGGAGGUUAUGUGAGGACAACUUCACAGUCCUGGGCCCUGCUCAGCAAUCUCUCAGUCACUCACCCUGUAUUAAAGAUACUGACAGCCUCUGUGCAGAAUCAGGCGGCGUGCUUCGGCGACUGCGGCUUAUUCACAGCCAUUCUCUGCUGCAACCUGAUUGAAAAUGUUCAAAGGCUAGCCUUGACCCCCGCCGCUGUCAUUAGGUUAAAUAAGCAUCUCUUGAGUCUCUGCACUGAUUACCUCAAGUCAGAGGCCUGUGGUUGCCGGAUCCCAGUGGACUUCAGUAGUAGUCGGAUCCUCCUUUGUUUGGUGCGCAGUAUACUAACAAGUAAACCUGCCUGUAUGCUCACCAGAAAGGAGAUAGAUCACAUCAGUGCUUUGAUCCUGAGAGCCUUUUUGUUCACCAUUCCAGAAAACACCGAAGACCACAUCAUUUUAGGAAAGACCAUAAUCGUACCUUUGAAAGGUCAAAGAGUAAUGGAUUCUAUUGUGUUACCUGGAAUACUCAUUGAAAUGUCAGAAAUUCAGUUUGUGAGGCUCUUGCCUUUCAAAAAAGCUGACGUCCUGAAGGUGGCUCUUUUUGGCAUGUCCUUAUCUGGAGACUUUUCUGACACUGGAGAAGGAACUGUGAUGGUCAGUCGCGGGGUUUCUCUUGAAAAUGCAGUCCUGGACCAGCUGCUUAGGCUAGGAAGGCAGCUAGUGAGUGACCACGUGGAUCUGGUUCUGUGCCAGAAAGUCAUUCACCCCUCCCUGAAACAGUUCCUCAGUACACACCGCGUCAUUGCCAUAGACAGAGUUGGUGGGACUCUAAUGGAACCCCUGUGCAAAGUGACAGGAACACAGCCUAUUGGUUCCCUAGAUUCAGUGUCUUCCAGUAGUUAUGGGAGUGUGAAAAAUGUGUGCCCUGCACAGUGUGGCUCCAAGCACUUUCUUCAUCUAAUUCCCAGUGAAGCAUCUAUCUGCAGCUUGCUUCUCUGCAACAGAAACGACACUGCCUGGGAUGAGCUGAAGCUCACAUGCCAAACAGCACUGCAUGUCUUACAGUCAACACUCAAGGAACCAUGGGUUUUGUUGGGCGGUGGCUGUACUGAAACUCAUCUGGCUGCAUAUAUCAGACACAAAACUCACACCGAGCCAGAAAACCUUCUCAGCGAUGAUGGAUGUACUAAGACAGAACUGGAACUAAUUGCUGAAGCAUUCUGCAGCGCUCUGGAAUCUCUCGCCGGCUCUUUGGAACAUGAUGGAGGUGAAACUCUCACCGACAUGAAGUAUGGGCACUGUUGGUCAGUUCAGGCAGGUUCUCCCGCUGUUGUCAGCUGGGCAGAUUUGCUUUCACAGUGUGGCUGUGGGUUACACAAUAGCCAGGAAGAACUCAGCUGGUCUUUUUUAAAAAGUACACGUCAUCCUGUUGCACCAGAUACCUGCCUUCCACAAAAAGCUACAGACUCAGCCGGCGGCCUGACCGUGGACUGUUUGACUGCUAAGCUUGGUGGCCUCCAGGUGGCUGUAGAAACAGCCAAUUUGAUUUUGGAUCUUUCAUACAUCAUUCAAGAUAAAAACUGAUAAAAGAGAAUGAUGUGUUUAUAUUAUGAAACAAACCCAUUAGGUAUCAAGAAAAGCAGUUUAUUCUAAGUGUGUUUGCAUAUUUGGAUAGAUGAUUCAUAAAAUUCUAGAUAAACUUAUUUAAGGAACAAAAGGUAUAAUUCUGUAAUAGAAAUGUCACAGAAUAAUACAUGUGAAUCAUUGUUAAUAUGAAUAUUGUGCUGAUCUGAGGAAUUCUCAUUGAUUGCUGUGCAUUGUUUUAAAUUUUGGUUAUUGUUAUUUUAACAUCUUUCUAAGAACAUACAGAAAUAAAUUCUUA